GCCGCUUGCACCAGCAAACAGACCGGCGCCAACGCUCCUCUCACCACCACACACAUAACCCCCUGUCCCUCACCGCCGGCCGGUCCGUUGCCGAAGCACUCACACCGCACCCGGCCGCACCGAGCUAGCCGAGCCACCGCUGCUCUGGCCGCGCGCGUUGCCGCGAGAGAAAGAGAGCAACACUCUCUGCAUCUCGGCGCUCGCCCCACCUCGCCCUUCCCUUCUCCGCCUCUCGCCUCUCGCCGCUCCUCCCCCACGCCCCCACCCGCUCGUGCGCUCAACGGCUCGAACUGCCCCGGCACACACACUGGCUGCUGCUCGCUGCGUCUGUCCCGCCUAGACAGCCACUACUGCUGCCGGCAGUACGGCACGCUCGUGUGAGCCUGCAAGCGCUAGUGCAGCGCCACUGUUCACUUGCAGCGGGCGAGACAAGUAGGCGAGGGGCAGAGAUGUCUCUGGCUCGUCGCGAAAGCACUGUCUUCUCCCAUCCUCGUCAUCCCUCCAGUGCGUCCUCGCAGCCGCAUCCGCGCCGCGACGACAGCAGAGCAGCCAGCGCCGCCGCGCCGCCGCAGACGCCGAUGCCCGCGGCGCGCUUCGACUCGCUCGCCGACCUGCUGCACGACGCCGGCUACAAGGAGACGCGCAUCUUCACGCCCGUCGCUUCUUCCUCUGCCGCCGCCGCUGGGGGUGCCGCUAGUGCUGCUGGUGCAGCAAGCAUGUCAGCCUCGGCUGGCCGAGCUUCCACGCCGCGCUCCUCCGGCUCUCCGCGCCGUACAGCGCAUCCAGGCGGCUCCUCCUCGCGACGCAUGCCCAGUCGUGCGCCGGUCAAGGGCGCUACUGCGACGCUCAAGCAGAAGCCAUCUGGCAGUUGGUUCUCCUCCUUCUGGGACGCCACGCUUGGCGCUUCUGCGUCGAGCAGCAGUGGCGCAGUGCGGAGCGAGGGCAAGGAGAACGUCGGCGUGGACGUUGGCGUUGGCGCGUCGGGCGAAGGGAAAGCCCGCGAGCUGAGGAAGGUCAAGUCUACCGCUGCACUCUCCUCCUCCUCUUCUUUCUCCACAAGCGCCAGCGCCAAACGUGCGCCCCUCUCUCCACUGCGUGGCAGUAGCGACCGUGCGAGCAUGACUGUCUCGACGUCGAGUGCGGCCUCAACCUCGACGGCCUCUCCUCGUCGCGCAGUCGCUGCAUCGCCAUCAGCAACAGCGAGCACGGUGACGACGACUCGACCGCGCACAUUAGGCCGCGCCAAGAGCUCAGCUGCGCUCGGUGGAUUGUGGUGUGGUUCGCUACGCUAUCGCACCGACGCCUCCUCGCUCGCGACCGAGGUCGUGGACAAGGAGGAGAUGACUCCCUCGUCGCACGCUGCCGCCUCGCGCUCUCUGCCGCGUCGAGGCGCCGGCAAGUCUCGUGUCGGACUAGCCAGUGCAUUUGCGCCCGAGGAUGAGCAACCUGGAGAGCCAGGCUCGCCCUCCAUCAGUCAAGAAGCACGUCGAAUGCGCCGCGAGCGUGCAGCAUGGAGAGAGAGUGUCUCCAGUCUUAAAGCCUUUGCUGCCUCUUCCAGCCAUCGCACAACUUCGACUCCAGCAAUCAGCGUCCAGCCCGCCUCGCCUGGGCGCUGCGAUACGGCGGCCACACGCCGCACGCUGGCCGAGCUCUUUGCAGCGCCCGCUCAGCCCGUCGUCUCGAGAGACGACGCAGUGGUGCUGCGCAACGACGGCUGUCUUUGGCCUGCUGGAGCGGGCUUGAGACGCAUGAGAAGCGUAGAGGCCCUGGAGAACGCUGCAAAGGCCUUGGCGCGGGGAGAGAGUGACUCUGGCUCCGCCAUUCAGAUCGCAAGCACGAUAUGCGACGGUGCGGCACCUUCUACGUCGAGCUUCAGCGUCUCGGCUCCAGCAACGCCUCGAACGGCCAUUUCAGCUCACAUCUCCCCGCCGAGACCAUCUGCCGUCGUCGUCGAGACGACAAGUGUCAUCAUUGCGCCGUCGCCCUCUCCGCCGCGACCCUCGCCUCCUCGAGGUCCGCCGGCACUGGUGCUCACGUCGCCUACCGGCAUGUCGGCGCCGCAGAUUCUCGAUCUCAUGGCCAAGGAGUUUGAGCCGCGCAGCUUCUCGCCCGAACAGAUCCUGCGCUCUCAGCUUCCACGCCCGGCGGCAAGAGCCCGCACGCUGCCGGCGCGCAACUUUGGCGUGCGAAGCAGCGGCAGCGGCGGCAGUGGAGAAGAGAGCACGAGCAGCACCGGCGCAGGCUCGGCAUCGGGAACGAGAAGGGGAAGGAGAAGAGCUUCGAGGACGGACGAGUCGAGCAGCGGCACCAAUACCGUCACCGUCAUCGGCUCCUCCUCGACGCAGCAGCAGAGCACUGCGGCCUCGACACACUCCACGCUCACGGCGCCCACCUCUCGUUCGCUCUCUUCCCGCGGCCGUCGUCGCAAGCCCAUUCCCUCCAUGGACACUGCCUCUUCUUCCUCAGCGUCGUUCGGAAGCGCCUCCACUCGGCUCUCGCGUGCCGCGGCAGCAAGCACAAGACACGAAGACGACCCCUUCGUCGACCGUACAAACCGCUUCGAGAAGCAGCAGCAGCAGCAGCAGCAAGGCUCGCUCUCGCACCGCCCUGCCUCGCUGCCGCGCCGCAAAGCGCCGGGAGUGCGUGGCGCCCUACCUGCGCCGCCGCCGCCGGCUUUGCCGAGCGCGACGCAGCAGCAGCAGAUGCCAUGCAGCGGCAGUGCAAGCGCAAGCAGUGACUCGCCUGGCAUGGCGGCUAGACGCAGAAGAUUGGCUGCCAGGCCGAGCAUUGCGGGCAUGGCGAGUGCGUCGGGCAGCGCCAACGGCGCCGCUGUCCUCGCCUAGGGUCUCUUCUUGCUUUCUCUUCGAAGGAGAACUGCUACAAGCAGCUUCGCUCUCUGCGCCUCCUUGGCGACCCUACUCAUCCUAACUUAUCCCCGCCAUCGGCGCCUCCCCCUUACAUAUCACACUCUUUAGCGAUGCCUCACACCACUCCACGCUCUUUACCACCUCGUCAGUUCUUGCGUCACCCAGUAAUCUAUCUGCUC